AUGCACUUCACUCGCCUCGCUCUUGCCAUGAUGACCGGCCUCACUCUGGCUGCUGCUGCUCCCGCCGAGCAAAACGCCAGCGCAGCCCUUGGCUGCCCUAAUGGAUGGAAUAUCUGCGGAACCUGCAACGGCAGCUCCUGCAAGGCCGGUGCUCCUGUGUCUCCGGAACUAGCUGUGAAGGAGAAGGCGGUGGCGAUGGAGUACUUUGCGGUAGCAGCGGAGGGUUUGGCCCUCAGACCUGCCCUGUCAAAAUCAACUAGGCAGCGCAAAGCAUUUUAG